AUGGAUCUGUUAUCUUGGAAUAUUAGAGGGUGUGUGAACAAGGCAUCUAUACGCACCGUAAAAGAACUCUGCAAACAGUAUCGACCUGAUAUGGUAAUUUUAUUGGAGACAAAGUGUAGUGGUGACACAACAGAUAAGGUGAUUAGAGAAAUGAGUUUUAAUUAUUGUAUUAGGGAGGAGGCUAAGGGGUUUGCAGGAGGCAUUUGGGUUUUGUGGAAUAAUCCUAACCUGAAUGUACAGGUGUUGAGAAACCAUCAGCAGUUCCUUCAUUUACAAAUUGUUGAUUUUAAGAGAAGAGUUUGGUGCCUAACAAUAGUGUAUGCUAGCCCACAUGCUCACUUGAGAUCUAAACUUUGGGAAGAAAUGAAGAAAAUUGCGCCUGAUAUGAAAUUGCCAUGGCUUUUGAUUGGAGACUUCAAUGAUAUUAGUAAGGCAGAUGAGAAAAAAGGAGGUGCUACUCUAGACAUGCAUGCUGUGAAUCGUUUUAAGAGAUGGAUAGAGGAAUGUGGUUUAAUUGACAUGGGAUAUAUUGGCUCAAAGUUUACAUGA